GCCAGUCAUUGUCAAAUUUUGUUUCGUUUGUUCUAUAAAUAUUAAUUUACUCGAAUAGAAUUGUUUAGGAUUUAACUGUGAAGAAUUUGUCUUGUUGAAAAACAAAUUAAAGAGAGUACUUCAUGAACUCGGCAUUCUUUUGAGAAUACUUAACGUUUAUUAAUACUAACUGCAAGCAAAAUGCCUAGUGGUGCGCUUUUUGGAAAUAGUCAUGCCAUUGGUGGCAGUUCUGGUGGAGUAAAGCAUUUAGUUGAAUUCAGAGCUGGUCGAAUGACAUUAAAAGAUAAAAUGGUUGAACCAGAUAAAAGAAAAGGUUUUCUUUACCUAUACCAAAGUGAUGACUCUUUAAUUCAUUUCUGCUGGAAGGAUAGAACUACCGGUGUUGUGGAAGAUGAUCUUAUCAUUUUUCCUGAUGAUUGCGAAUUUGUUAAAGUUAGCCAAUGUACAACUGGUCGAGUGUAUGUAUUGAAGUUUAAGACUUCUUCUAGAAAAUUAUUUUUUUGGAUGCAAGAACCCAAGACUGACAAAGAUGAUGAAUGGUGCAGGCGCAUAAAUGAAAUAUUGAACAAUCCUCCAUCAAUGAGUGGAUUUCGUGAACCUCGACCAGCUACUGAAGGAGAACUACAGAAUCUAUUGAAUAGUAUGUCACAGCAACAGUUGAUGCAAUUGUUUGGCGGUGUGGGAGAAAGAAUAAAUUCAAUUUUAGGCCCAAUGGGAAGGAGAGCAUCAAGUCGUUACAGUACACCAGCGUCACAAUCAAAUAAUGCAUCAGGAGCAGUUGCUGCUUCUCCUGACUCUGGAGAUUUAAAUACUACAGAUUCUACAAAACCAUCAGCUACAUCUGAUGGCAAAACUAAAAGUUUAGAUGAUAAAUCAACACCAACAAGGCAUCCAAUACAACUGUCAGAUUUACAAAGUUACCUAUCUACAUUGACGUCUCCGGAUGGACAGACUGGAACCAAUAUUCCCUCUUCUCAGCAAAGUGUUGAUCUUGCAUCAGCCCUUAAUGUAGAUGCUUUACAAACUGUUAUUAAAGAUGAUGAAAGAGUGGCUGUACUGGAACCACAUCUACCUCCCGCGGGACAAGAACCAGCCCCUUCUAGAGAGCUUCUAAGGGACACUCUUGCAUCUCCUCAAUUCCACCAGGCUGUAUCAAUGUUUUCAAAUGCAUUACAAUCAGGUCAGUUGGGCCCUGUUGUUUCACAAUUUGAUGUUAAUACGGAAGCUGUUACUGCUGCUAAUAAAGGAGAUAUUGAAGAGUUUGUCAAAGCUCUUGAGGGCAAGCCAAGCAAGCCAGAAAAAAAGGAGUCUGAGGAUUCUGCGGCUUCUACAGAUAAAAAGGAUAAAGAAGAUGGUACUUCUUUAGGCUGACCAAUAAUUGUGUAUUGAUUUUCUUAGCACUGUAUAAUUUACAUAACUAUUUUGAAAUUAUAAAAAUGUAUAAUAAAAUUCUGAUUUAUUGUUUAAGUCUAUCUGCAUUAGAAUUUUUUUAUUCAUACACUUCACACACACAC